AUGGAGAGAGGUAAGUGAGGGAGUAGAUGAGGGGGAACGGGGGUCAGAGAGAUGUGAGUAAGAGAUGAGUCAACAGCCCUCCACUAUAAGAUACCCCGAUGGAGCCUAACAGUGGCGUACACUCAGACACCAGCGAAGGAAUACCAGUGCUAUUCUGAAUUCUGUACAUCCGGGGAAAUACUACAAAUAUGGACUACACUCUGGCCGUCCUGUUUUCUCUGCUGCAAGUUUUAAGUGUGGGCACAGCGGCUCCUCUGCCAGUGGAAGUAGUGAAGAUGAAAUCAAAAGUGAAGUGGAUGGCUGAACAGCUGGUGGUUAGGCUGGACAAAGACUUCCAGGUCCCCGCUGGCCUGACUCUCAGUCCACCUGCUGAUGAUCUGGAUGGACCUUCCUCCAUAGUGAUGGUGUUGGAGGGUUAUAACAGCCUGAUCUCUGACACCCUUAACGGGGUCUCCCAGGUCAAGUUUGACAUCUCUUCGCUGACGGGUUACCUCGAUCAGUGGAGGCAGGGGCACUGCAGUGAGCAGCGGCCGAAGCCUUCGGUGCCGGGGCCACUACAGGAGCUACAGAGUCGAAAAGAGUUCAUUCACACUGUGAGCAUCGAGGCUCUCAUGAGAGUGAAGGAGUUCCUCAAUCUGCUGAUGAAAAAUCUGGAUCAUCUUAAGACUUGCUGAAAGACGGACAUUAGGUCUAAUAUUUGUAAGUUGCUGGCCUGAUUUUUGACAAGAAUUGUCAAGUCUUAACUUUUGCAAUGUGUUUUGAAGGAAAUGUAUUCUUGAACAUGCUCUUAUUUAUAUACAUAUGUAUUUAUUUAUAUAUUGUAUUUAGAAAAUAUGUAUUUUACAAAAAACAUUGUCAUCAGGAUGUUUGCAGCAACUGUAGUUUCCGCAGGAAUAUUUAUAUGCAAACUGAUCUAUGCUUUGCACUCAAAGAUAAAUCAGCUGCCCAUAGGUUUGUACUAUGACAUCACUGUUCAUCAACAAAGUUCUGCGUGAAAAAAUAUGCAUCUACAUAUUCAUUCAGCCAAAAAGCUGAAUCAGCUGUGUAAAGUUGACUACAGCCAGAGGAAACGUCACGAUGAGCAGUAAUGUCAUCCCUGGGAAAUCCUGAAAACUGGUUUGAUGCUUGCCAAGAAUAAUAAUAAGACGUGUUUGUAUGAUAACUACAAGGACAGGAAGGAUAAAGGGCAACUUUUGUUUCAGGGCAAUAUCAUCAGCUCUUCCAAACUGGCUAUUUAUAUCCACAGAUGAUAUUUUGUAUAUUUUUGUACAAUGUUUUUUAUGACUAUUUGAUUAAAACCAUGAAUAAAUAUUUAACUAAAAUAUA